AUCUCUCUCUCUCCCCCUCUAACCACGUCCACACUCUCUUCAGCAAUCCCAUCAAAGGAAAAGGAAGCCAAACUAUGAAGCUGUAGUAGCAUUUGUCACAUCCUCCUGAUGAUUUUAGCGUUUUCCUCGUUUUAUACUCAACCUUUGGGGCAGAAAAGCAGCACGUGUCCAUGCGGAUACGAGGUUUUCUGCCACGUUUUAAAAGCAUAACGAAGUAGCGUUGAUAGACUUUUUGAUUUUUUUCCUUCCGUCGUUUUCUAUCAGGACGGCGGGACUCGUGUACAGAUUUAGCUUCCUGAACUUGUCUUUUUUGGGGAGGUAGUGUGCAGACACCAAAAUGCUGACCCAUCUCCUCACCCUGGCCUGUGGUCUCUGCUGCUUUGGGUUUACCUCCGUCAGUGCUAAUGUACUAAAAGCCGAGGCUUGGCUGCAGAAGUACGGCUACCUGCCUCCAGGUGAUGUCAGAGCCCAGGCCAUCCGCUCACCAAAGUCCAUUGAAACAGCGAUAGCAGCCAUGCAGAGAUUUUAUGGUUUGACUGUCACUGGCACCAUAGACACCAACACGUUAGAGGCGAUGAGCCGGCCACGAUGCGGUGUCCCAGACAAGUUUGGCCCCCAGCUGAAAACUAACCUGAGGAGGAAGAGAUACGCCUUGCAGGGACUGAAGUGGGACAAAUCUGAGGUGACCUUCAGCAUACAGAACUAUACUCCUAAAGUUGGCGAACGCGCCACUUUCGAAGCCAUCCGAAAGGCCUUCAGGGUGUGGGAGAGUGUGGUCCCACUCACCUUCAGAGAGAUCCCCUACAGCCAAAUCAGUGGCAAGGUCAACAAGUUUGCAGACAUCAUGCUCUUCUUUGCAGACGGUUUCCACGGUGACAGCACGCCGUUUGACGGCGAGGGUGGCUUCCUGGCUCAUGCUUACUUCCCCGGUCACGGCAUCGGGGGAGACACGCACUUUGACCUCGCUGAGCCCUGGACCACUGGGAAUGUUGACCAAGGAGGUAAUGAUAUUUUCCUGGUAGCCGUCCAUGAGUUGGGUCAUGCUCUGGGUCUGGAGCACUCCAAUGACCCCUUUGCCAUCAUGGCCCCCUUCUACCAGUGGUUUGACACUGAGAACUUUCAGCUCCCUGAUGACGACCGCAGAGGAAUCCAGGCGAUCUAUGGAAUCAAGUCUUGGGCGCCCCCUCCUCCCCCUCGACCCACAAAGCCCUUCCACCCCGACAGGCCAGAUCAUGGCCCAGACAUCUGUGAGGGACACUUUGACACCAUCGCCAUCCUCAGAGGGGAAAAGUUUGUGUUUAAGGACAAGUGGUUUUGGCGAGUGCGUAACAACAAGGUGCUGCCAGGUUACCCGAUGCCCAUUGGUCACUUCUGGAGGGGCCUUCCUUCAAACAUCAACGCCGCAUAUGAGAGGAAAGAUGGGAAAUUUGUCUUCCUCAAGGGUGACAGGUACUGGAUUUUCAGUGAGUCAAGCAUGGACAAGGACUCCCCCAAGAGCCUGGCAGACCUGGGUACCGGCCUACCCACAGACAAGCUUGAUGCUGCUCUCUUAUACACACCAACAGGACAGACGUACUUCUUCAAAGGAAACAAGUACUACCGGUUCAACGAGCAGACUCGCACCGUGGACAGUGGAUAUCCAAAACCCAUCACCAUGUGGAGCGGCGCACCAGACAACAUCAAAGCUGCCAUCAUGAGUGAAGAUGGAUCUUACACUUAUUUCUACAAAGCAAACAAGUACUGGAAGUUCAACAACCAGUACAUGAAGGUGGAGUCUGGCUACCCCAAGUCUGUGCUCACUGACUGGAUGGGCUGCGAAGGCGAGGAGCCUAAGAAGGCUCGGGACGAGGAGGUGACAUUGGAGAGCAGUGCCGGGCCAGCAGCCGUGGUGAUCCCUCUCCUCCUAUUGGUGCUGGUGCUGGUCACUCUGGGAGUGCUUUUGUUCUUCAGGAAGUACGGCACGCCUCGGCGCCUCCUCUACUGCCAGAGAUCCCUCCUGGACAAGGUGUAGACAGAGCGACAGGAGACUGACAGACUGCCACAGAGAGAAGGAGAGAGGGGGAGAGAGAACGAGGACUGAGUGAAACCGAGCAAAGUGAAAGAGGAGGAGAGAUCAACUGGAGAAAAGACAGGAGAACUGGGGGACAGAAAGGGGGAUGACUGUAUGUGCCACAAAGGACAGAGAAGAGAGACAGGCUCUGAAAUCAGGAAAAUGUGUAUUUGUAUGUUAAUUAUUUACAUGUGCUGUUCUAUGUUCAGAGAUUAAGAACAUACCCACAAUCUGACAAAGAGGAGGGGAAUAUACAAAGACUCAUCAACGCCAACGACUUCCUUCCUGCCUCUCCUCUCUCACAUCCCUCCUUCCUUUCUCUACUUUAACUGGACGACUCCAGCUGAACUGCUGUCUGAUUCAUUCGUCUCACCACCGGAAACUCGGGGUGUUACUCACAAAUUCGUCAUCUCUGUUUAAGCGUUUUUGCUCUGGAAUAUAUUUACUGUUAAAUCUGUUUGGUGAGGAGUUUUACUCUUAAAGUAGUUUUCUUAAAUCCAGUAGUUUGAAGUUCAGCCUCUUGUAUUUGUUGGAUUAUUUUGUACCACUAAGCAGCGUUGGGUAUCGAACCUCAGACUCCUUUAGUUCUCCCAGAAAUAAAUCCACAGCACCAGGGUAACCUAGUCAGAUUGCUAAUCUCCUUCUUCGAUUUGAUUAUUCCAAAUUUAAAUCCCAAUUUUGCUCAUUUUAGAUCAUUUUAUUAAGGCAAAGUGCUGUUGCUUGUGUUUAGGCAACAUUUAAUACUACAGAAUUCUGUCCCAUCUGCUAAAUGCUGUGUUAUUGGAUGGAUUUGAUAGAGUUGAGUCUGCUGAGCAUAGUGUUAAGAUCAAUUGAGGUAGACUUCACACAUCACGGAUUUAUUAAUUGUGUCUGCUCAACCAACUUAACGUAAGAGUGCUGGAUGCUGUUCCCCCUCGAUUGUCAAAGCUGCACCCCCUGUCACAGUGUCUAAAGCCAAAUAUGGUCCUUCUGGUACAAAGACAAGAUUUUAUUUAUGUCGGCUGUAGAAUGUAACUGCAACUUCAGACACUCACACUUGCAGCCAAAACUCCUCAUUCAGUGCAAGCAGUCAGACGGGAAGUUUUUUUUCCAGUUGAUUUGUUGUUGAAUACAAGCAGAGCUGCUUGUGCAAAUGCUUCAACAAAUUUGGUGCAAUUUUAAUUAUUAUUGUUGUUAUUAUAAAUAUGGUUAUUGUUAUUAUUGUUCUCCUGGUAUAGUUAUAAUAAUGUUUCUUCUUUUGCUUUUGUGCAUUGUCAUUUGGAGUCCUGCUGGACAGAGGCAUAACGUGACAAUGAUGGAAAUACAUCCCAGUUUACAUUCAAGUGGUGAAUUAGAUCGGUUCUUUUAGCUCUGAAACACCUGACAUUACAAUGCUAUUUAAGAACUUUUACACAGAUGGUGCUCAAUGAUUUUUUUUUUUUUUACACACAUCAAAAUUGAAGUGAAUUGAUUUAGUUAAUAACAAUGAUAAUGGUAAUGAUAUUUAUAAUGAUGAUCAUAUUAAAAAUGAUUUUUUUCCUGCUUGUUUUC